AUGCGUCCUCGUGCGGCGUGGCAGCACGUCGCCAAGGUAGCAUUGCUGCUCCUGCAGCCACCAGUACGCGCCGUCGUGCCAACUAUUGCCGGCACGGACACCAAUUGCACAUUUUCACUGCGCCACGGCCUGAAAAAAGAUGGUACCGGCACGCCGAUGCUGCGGCUGGUGUACUCCGAAGGCGUGCUCGAAGCUCAGCCGACGUCGGACUCGGAACUCUUCACGCAGCGGCCGCGCCUGUGCUGGCUCGAUAGAGAUCAGACCUCGACGAAGCCCAUGCUGCUCAUGGUCGCGAACUCGCUGCCCUACCUGUGGCACGAAUGGCCCUACUUCGUGAACAAGGUCGCGUUUGCGCGUAAGUCGAACUGGAACGCCGUGCUGUGGCUAGGCGAGCUACCGAAGGACAUUGCCACGACGGUGGGUCCCUGGUGCUGCGCGAGCGCCGUCGGCGCGAAGCUCAAGCUGUUGGCCAAGAAUUUCGGGCGCAAGAAGGUCAAUUGUAGUGCCUCGUUUGCGGCGGAGCAAUUAGCGACACGGCAGGCCGCGAGCAGACGACUCACGUACAAAGGAGUCGGCCGAUCGAGCUACGCCGGCUCUGAGCACGAGGUCAACAGCAACCACCACGCGAAGAUGGCGGCCGCGUCGCUGUUGCUGCGCAAUUCGCGCGUUCGCGACGUAUUCUACAUGGAUCUAGAUUCGUACGUGCGGCCCGAGGACGUCAAAAAGGCAGCGAGUAGCGCCAGCGGAAUGACUCAGGGCUCCUACGACGUGGUCCUGAACGAGGCCCACAGCGCACGGCACCCGACGCGGCCUCAUCCCUUCUGGCUGGCCGGCGGUAUGCGCUGGUACCUAAGAGCAACACCGUUCAGCAUCAAAUUCGUUGAUGGGUGGCUCCGGCAUCGCUGCGGUUUUAAGGACCAGUACGCGCUCUGGCACACGCUGCUGACGCUCGCCGACGUCGCGUAUGAUGGCGAGAUCGGACGCCUCCCCUACAACCAGGCCAAGUACGCGGCCCUCAAGCCGACUGAGAUACCCCGCAAAUGGAUGAGCCGCGACCUGCUCGUUGGCGAGGCCGCGGUGCGCGCCAAGGGGGCAUGGCCCGUGCACUUGGAACCCGAGAGCUUCGGGAAUAGGCACGGCAAUUUGUUGGGCGAGUUCGAGCACGUGUCGACCUCGUGUACCUCGAAGCUCGCGACGGCGCGCGGGCCGCUCGAGGUCGUCGACCUGACCUGUAAGGUCGACAUGGGGAAGGACCUGCUGAACGUGCUCGGGCUCGACGCCGUCGACGCGGCGGCGUGGCUCUAG